AUGGGAUAUUGUUUUUCCUUUGAAGAUGAGAUUUCUCAUAAGUCUUCUCCGUUUCCUACAUCUUCAUCUGUGAAGUUCUCAAAUUUGGCUUCUUUUUCUAUAGUUGAUUGCAACUUGAAUGGAACAUUUCCUAAACAGAUCUUCCAGGUACCAACACUAAAGACUUUUGACAUAUCCUACAAUGAAUUACUUGACGGUUCUUUCCCAGAAUUUCCCCCAGAUAGUGAUCUGCAAAGUCUGGUGCUUUACUCCACAAAUUUCAGAGGGAGUUUACCUGCUUCUAUUGGCAAUCUUGGGCAGUUAUCAAGAUUAGAUCUUGGCAAUUUUCAUUUCAGUGGACCACUUCCAAAGUCAUUUUCAAAGCUCACCCAACUUGUUUAUCUUGAUUUGUCAUCCAACAGCUUCACUGGUCCACUCCCAUCUUUCCAUUUGUUCAAGAACUUGACCGAUUUGCGCCUUUCUCAUAAUGGCUUCACAGGUCCAAUUCCGUUGGCUCACUGGGAAAGUUUCUUGAACCUUGUCAAUGUUGAUUUGAAGAAUAAUUCUCUGAAUGGAAAUAUUUCUUCAUCUAUGUUUGCCAUCACUUAA